UAUUAAGAUCAAUAUUGAAGAAAAGUUAAGAAAGUUUUUUGUUGUUGUUGUUCUCGGCUAAUUUCCUUAAAUCAACAUUAUUAACUAACAAACAAACAAACAAACGAAAGAAAAAAGAAGAAAGAUAUGGUCAAACCGGAAACAUUUGCAUGGUUCCGUUCGGAACCAAUGUCACUUUGUCAACUUUAUUUACAAACAGAAUCUGUUUAUCAUAUUGUUUCAUUAUUAGGUGAUAAAGGAAUUUGUCAAUUUCGUGAUCUAAAUCAAUCAAGUAAUUCAUUUCAAAGAAAAUUUGUAGCAGAAAUUCGACGAUGUGCCGAAAUGGAAAGAAAAAUUCUUUUUUUCGAAAAAGAAAUAGAACGAGAUGGUGUCGAUGUUGUUAAAAUUAACGAAAAAUUUUUGGAUAUACCAUCGAUGAAAGAUUUAGGUCAACUUGAACAACAAUUAGAAAAAAUGGAACAUGAUUUAUUGAAUGAAAAUGGAACACGUUUACAAAUGAAACAUCGAUUACUUUCAUUGACCGAAUAUAAAGAAAUUCUAAAAAAAGCUGAUCAAUUUUUUAAUGAAGCACAAUCGGAUGGACCAUCAUCGAAUAAAUCUAUGAUGCGUCGAAUGUCGGUUGUUGAUCCGGAUUUAAUGCGUCGAUUUUCGAUGCAUAUGCAUCAACCAAAUCAAAUACCAUUAGAACCGGUAAUUGAAUUGGCUACAAUGACUGGUAGUAUUUUAGCUAAUCGUUUUAUGGCAUUUGAACGAAUGUUAUGGAGAGUUUCACGUGGUAAUAUUCUUCUUAAACGAAUCGAUGUUGAAGAAAUGCUUGAAGAUCCAGAAACUGGUGAAUUACAACAAAAAUGCUUAUUCAUUUUGGUCUGUCAAGGUGAAAAGUUACGUAAUACUUGUCAGAAAAUAUGUACAGGAUUUCAUGCUAAAUUAUAUUCUUGUCCAGAACAACGUGGUGAACGAAAUGCUGCACAUCAAAAAGUUUUAAGCGAUAUUUGCGAUAUUCAAAAUGUAAUUGCACGAACCGAUGAACAUCGUAAAAAUUUAUUAGUUGCCAUUGCAAAUAAUUUACAAAAAUGGAAAAGAACUAUACUUAAAGUGAAAAAUAUUUAUGAAACAAUGAAUAUGUUUCGUAAUGAUGUAACUGGUCAUUGUUUGAUUGCUGAAUGUUGGAUUCCUUCAUGUCAAAUAAAAGAAGCACGUUUGAUUCUUGGACAAGGUCAAACAAUGUCCAAUUCGUUGGGUCUUUCGGUUUUGGCUAUUCUUACAACAAACGAAACACCACCUACUUAUAAUGUUACCAAUAAAUUUACAGCCGGUUUUCAGGUAUUGGUCGAUUCAUAUGGUUCAUGUACAUAUGGUGAUGUUAAUCCAGCACCAUAUACAAUUAUUUCAUUUCCAUUCAUAUUUGCCGUUAUGUUUGGUGAUACUGGACAUGGUAUAAUAAUGACAUUAUUUGCUUUAUGGAUGAUAUACAAAGAAAAACAAUUAAAAUCCAUACGUAAUGAAAUAUUUUCAAUGUUUUUUGCCGGUCGUUAUAUAAUCUUAUUGAUGGGAUUAUUUUCCAUUUAUACUGGUGCAAUGUAUAAUGAUAUAUUUUCUAAAUCGGCAAAUUUAUUUGGUACAGCAUUCAAUGUGAAUUUAGAUGUACCUGAAAAUAUUACAACAGAAUUAGGACAACGUAUUGUACAUCUAUCACCGGAUAAACAUUUGGAUGAAAAUUUUCGUUAUUAUUUUGGCAUUGAUCCUGUUUGGCAAAUUGCUUCGAACAAAGUUCAAUAUACCAAUACAUAUAAAAUGAAAUUAUCUGUUAUAUUGGGUGUUUUGCAAAUGUUUUUCGGUGUAAUGUUAUCAAUGUUUAAUCAUUGGCAUCAUGGUGAUUUAGUGAGCAUUGCAGUAGAAUUUAUACCACAAAUUAUAUUCUUGUUGGCAAUAUUUGGAUAUAUGAAUUUUAUGAUCAUUUUUAAAUGGUUUACCUAUGAUGCUGGAAGGGGUGGUUGUGCACCAUCAAUUCUAAUUACAUUGAUCAAUAUGUUUAUGUUCAAAAUGCCCGAAGAAAAAGAUCCUUGUUAUUUGAAAGAUGAAAUGUUUACAAAUCAAUUUAAAAUUCAAAGUGUUCUUAUAAUUUUAGCUCUUUUAACUGUUCCAAUUAUGUUAUUUGUUAAACCAUUUUAUUUAUUUUUCAAACAUCGUAAUAUUCAAAAAAGGAGUAGUGCAAUUAUUUAUGAUCAAAAUUCAUUUGAAUUGGAAAAUUCAUCAUCAAAUCAUAAUUUGGAAAUAGAAAAUAUUGGUGAAGAUAUUGAAUCAAAUUCGAAUGGAAACGAUAUAAUUGCAAACAACAACAACAACAACAACAACACCGUAAAAGAAAGCAAUAAUGGUCAUGACAAUGUACAAAUGAAUGAAUUCGAUUUUGGCGAUGUGUUAAUCAAUCAAGCCAUUCAUACAAUCGAAUAUUGUUUGGGAUCAGUUUCACAUACAGCAUCAUAUCUUCGACUUUGGGCAUUAAGUUUAGCUCAUGCACAAUUAAGUGAAGUUCUUUGGAAUAUGGUUAUGACUGCUGGUUUUAUGGAAUUCAAAUUUCAAUAUGGCUACAUAGCAAGUGGUGUGAUUAUGUUUUCUAUUUUUGCUGGAUGGUCAUUUGGUACUGUAGUUAUUUUAAUCGUAAUGGAAGGAUUAUCUGCAUUUUUACAUGCAUUACGUUUACAUUGGGUAGAAUUUAUGUCGAAAUUUUAUCAUGGAGAUGGCUAUCCAUUCGAACCAUUUGAUUUUCAAGCUAAACUUGAUGAACUAUAAAACAGUUGAACAAUGAACUUUACAAAUGAAUUGAAACUUUAAUCAAGAUUUUUUACAU